AGUCGCCCAGCUUCUCCUCUAUCGGCCGGCAGAAUGAGUCCAACGGCGAAUCAUGCCGCAGAGGUGGCAUGGCUGCAUUGUCAGCUCCCGGAGCUCCAACCGCUGACGCCCAACCUGGUGGCGCAUCGAGGGUUCCACUGCCCCAAGCUGAGCCCCGAGCGCCCGCUGGAGUGCACCUUGGACGCGUACAAGCACGCCUGGCAGGCGGGCAUCCUGAACUGCGAGUGCGACGUGCGGCUCAGCGCGGACGACAAGAUUUUGCUGCUGCACGACGAGACUUUGGAGCGCCUGGUGCCGGAGGGAUCCUCUCAGGCGCCCAAGGCGAUCGAGGUGAAGGCGGAGGAUUUGGCGAAGACCCCCCUGCGCCAGGACACUGCUCAAGUCGCACUAUUGGAGGAAGCCUUGCGCACGGCCAUCGAAACUGGAGGGAGUAUGGUGGUUGAGCUGAAAGCUACUCCAGGAUCUUCCAGAGUUGGACAAGCAGUGGCUCAUUUGUUCGCCGAGAAGCCGGAGCUUUUGGCGGCCUGCGUGGUGGUGAUGUCCUUCGACCUCAGCGAGCUGCGAAGCUUCGCCGCCGCCUUCCCGAAGGAGCUGCGGCGGCCCAAGGUCUUGCUCCUCACCUGCCAUCCGAAAGAGACGCUGAAUGCUUGGCACCAAACCAUCGACCUGGCAGAACCACAUUGGCCAGAGGUGGUGGAGAAGCACUUGGCUUGUGAGGAACUUGCGUUGGAUGGCUUCUACAUCGAGUGGACGGCUAAGCUAUCCACCGAGCAUGCAGACUCAUUCAGCAAGCUUUGUCAAAGAGCCGUGGUUGGCGUGUGGCAAGCACAUGGCCAAGUCGACUCGAAAGAGGAGGCGGCACGAUUGGUGGAGCUGGGAGCGACCUUCUGCAACACAGACUUGCCCCGAAGCUUCUCCUAGGAGCAGCGAUUUCCAGGUUCAUGAGGAACCUGAACUACUUCUCAAGGAACGAUCUCUGUAAAUACCCGAAAUGCGUUGCACUUUUGGCAUUUAUGAGGGGUUGCUCUCACUUGGAGAACCCUGAUAUUUGCCCAGGAACCCUCUAUAAGCAUUUUUGAAUUCUUGCAAGGUGUUCCUCAGGCCGCCUUGGAUAAGCGGACCGUUACGGAUGAGCUUUCAAGUUGUGUUUGGAAUCCGCGCAUUGCUGGUCAAUUCAAGGUUGCCGUUGCUCCUUUAGGGGGCUUUCAAUACCUCUGUCCCAAUACCAUGUGCGCCACGUGCAUGCCGCUGUCACGCUACUGAUAGCGCCAGCCGACACAUGCUCGCGCUGGAGCGCAUGCGUGGGCGUAGUCUCUUCCGGUUGCCAGAAGCCGGAUCAAAGAUUUGCACUAGUGACUACUUUGAUCGCUGUCAAGUGUGGAGAAGCUGC